ACAACUAAAACUACCCAAAUCCCACACAAAGCAGCCUUAAUCAAGGUGAAUUCUACAGUUGAGUCAAUGGGAAUCCUCAGAGUUCUGAUCAUUUUCACAUCUUACUUUAAUCUCUCUGCAUUGGACAGAGAAUUGAAUGCAGACAACUCCCGGCGGUGGUGGUUGCGGGUGCGAUUUUUCUCUUACCGACACUCUGCCAUGUCGAAAUCCCCAUUAAAUUCAACCGCCCAGUCUUCCAACUGCCCACAGUCGGGAAAAAGAAACACACAAUCACAUUAAUUGCGACCCACGAUAUAUUCAGGCUUCUGCACUCUGUUCUACAAUUACCCAUUUUCCUUCUCCUCCUUUCUGCUCCUGUGCAACAACAUAGGACAGGACGUAUACACAGUGACUGCGUGUACAUGUAAUGGUACAGAUCUAGGUAUAUAUACGUUGUGUAUAUGCAUGGCACCUUCUAGUGACAAUCCGCAGACUGUUCAGCGGCUCCUGUAUGAAACGGCGGGGCCGGCGGAGCUCAGAUUGGCGGAAUUGCGGCGCGUGAUGAACAAAUCCAUGGACGAUCCGCUGCGUAUUGUCGGCGUCGGUGCCGGCGCUUGGGGCAGCGUUUUCGCCGCCAUGUUGCAGGAGGCUUACGGUCACGCCGCCAUGCGAGACAGGCUGUCUGUAAGAAUCUGGCGGCGGUCGGGCAAGACGGUGGACAAAUCGGCGGCGCAGAGUCUGUUCGACGUGAUAAACUCUCGAGAAGAGGUGUUGCGGAGAUUGAUUGGGCAGUGUGCAUAUCUCAAAUACGUUGAAGCCAGGUUGGGGGAUCGAAUCCUGUUCGCCGACGAGAUCCUGCGCGAUGGCUUCUGCAUUAACAUGCUCGACACGCCUCUCUGCCCGCUUAAAGUUGUCACCGACUUGCAGGAGGCCGUUUGGGAUGCCGACAUUGUUAUCAAUGGCCUCCCUUCAACUGAGACCAGAACCGUCUUUGAGGAGAUUGGAAGAUAUUGGCAAGACCGCCGCUCACAGCCUGUCAUUAUAUCGCUCGCCAAAGGAAUGGAGGCUGUGCUUCACCCUCUUCCUCAUAUUCUUACGCCCACCCAAAUCAUCCAUCAAGCAACAAAGGUGCCCAUAUCUAAUAUUCUUUAUCUGGGAGGACCAAACAUAGCGUCAGAAGUUUACAAUAAAGAGUACGCAAAUGCUAGAAUAUGUGGCUCAGAUAAGUGGGCAAAACCCCUGGCAAAGUUCCUUCGCCAGCCACAUUUUAUGGUAUGGGACAAUCCAGACCUUGUCACACAUGAAGUCAUGGGAGGUCUGAAAAAUGUAUAUGCAAUUGGUGCUGGCAUGGUUGCAGCUUUGACAAACGAGAGUGCUACAAGUAAGGCUGUCUAUUUCGCUCAUUCAACAUCAGAGAUGAUCUACAUUACCCAUUUGUUGGCCGAAGAACCAGAAAAGUUGGCAGGUCCACUUCUAGCUGAUACAUAUGUUACACUGCUCAAAGGGAGAAAUGCAUGGUAUGGUCAGAGAGUUGCAAAGGGGGAACUUAGGCCAGACAUGGGAGAUAGUAUAGAGGGGAAAGGAACAAUACAGGGUGUAUCAGCAGUGGAAGCUCUCUAUGAGUUGCUUCGCCAACCAAGUUUGAGCGUCCUGCAUCCAGAAGGAAAGAAAGAGGUGGCUCCUAUAGAGCUAUGUCCCAUUCUUAAAACUCUAUACAACAUUCUUAUAAAAAGGGAGGCAACAGCAGAAGCCAUAUUACAAGCUUUAAGAGAUGAGAAUAUGUAUGAUCCCCGCCAUCGUAUUGAAAUUGGUCGAGUCAAGAAUUGCUCCAUGCUUCCUCUCUUGGGUAUUCCAAAGGUUGUUUAACUUGACAGGGAGCCUCUGGUAGUCAUAGGAGUGAUGAGCUAUCGUCAUGUGUUCUGUUUUAUGCUUCAAUACCCUAUAUUACAACAUAAGCAUUUUUUAUA